CACCUCUAUUUUAAAAAUCCUUCCGGCUCCUUCCCCUCUCAGACAGGAAAAUGGCGGCUUUCGGACGCAUCACCCAAGCCCUCCUGAGGUCUUCUUUGACCCAGAGCCGGCGUCAGCUCUCUGCUUCUAGCGGUGGACAUGGCGCUUUAGCUGAGAAAUGGAGGAUGCUCUCUUUUGUGGUUGCCCUGCCUGGUGUUGCGGUCUGCCUGUUGAACAUGUACCUGAGACAGCAGCAGCAUCAUGGCCAUGAACGGCCAGAGUUUAUCGCUUACAGCCACCUUCGUCUUCGCUCCAAGCCUUUCCCUUGGGGAGAUGGCAACAAAACCCUUUUCCACAACCCACAUGUGAAUGCCCUUCCUGACGGCUAUGAGGAUGUCGAUGAGUAAAUCCUCCCUCAAGAUCUCAUAACUGGGACCAGUCCCUCAGCAUGUUACUGGACCACACUCCUAUUCACAGUUUACUCUUUUCAUUUUUGUUUACUUACCUCUGUGCUCUCAACACGGGGCACCAAAACCAACAGUUUCCUUUGUUCUGGACCAUUAAACAAAAUGUCAGCUUAAACUGAUUUAACUUAAAUAAAGUAACUAUUACCUCAA